AUGCUUUUUCUCAUCUUUUUGCUCUUUUUAAUCGAUUCUGAAGCGAAAAUUGCUUUGCCCACUCAAACUCUUCCUCCAUCAUGCGGUCUCUCCAGUGUUGGAAUGGCGAAUCAAAGUCAAUCAGCCGGAAGUUUGAACGAGAAAUUUUACAUCCUCCCCGAGAAUCGAGUGGUCGGCGGUGUGCAAACGGAGGCACAUGAGUGGCCCUGGGUGGUGCAACUCUUCUAUAAUGGCUCAGCAAGGUGCGGCGGUGCAAUCAUCGACAAUCAUUUAAUCCUCACCGCAGCUCAUUGUUUCGCAAGAGGUCCCGAUCUUUCAUUGUACCGAAUCGUUUCCGGCGUUCAUCGCUAUGGAGACGGUGCAAAGCAUUUGAUUGUAAAAAUUCGACCACAUCCAUUGCAUAACAUUUUAUGGACAUCAGCCUAUGAUGCUGCAAUUGCUGAAAUUUGGCCACCAUUAAAUUAUUCGAGAACGACUCAACCGAUUUGUCUUCCCGUUUUACCAGUGACACCAUUUAAGAUUUGUGUGGUUGCAGGUUGGGGUUUAACGAGUGAAAAUGGUGCUUUAUCGGAAUACCUACGAGAAAUUCAUGUGCCCAUUCUACCACUUUCCAUUUGCAACAAUCAUCUUCACUAUGGUGGAUGGGUGCAUGCACCGUCAAUGCUUUGUGCUGGAUAUACUCAAGGACAAGUUGACUCGUGUUAUGGUGACUCAGGCGGUCCAUUGAUGUGUUUGAACAAAGGGAAAUGGGAGGUGCAAGGUCUCGUCUCGUGGGGUGUCGGCUGUGGUCGUCCAGGUCAUCCAGGUAUUUACACGAAAGUCUCCGCGGUGACGCCAUGGAUCCGCGUCACAUCAACGCAGCUAAAAUGGGAACGAGAACAUCAGAAAUCGUUGAAACCG